UGAGCGGGUCGCGCGCGCGGCAGGCGAGUGAGGGAGCGGGGAGCGGCCGGGUGCGAGUGUGUGGGAGUGAGCGCGUGUGGGAGUGGGAGGGAGGGGAAGGCAGAACGACCGCAGGCCGCGAGAGAGUGGGCGAGUGCGAGAGGACGUCCGGCUGGCCGCGGGAGCCGCGGGCGGCGGAGGAGAAAGGAGGCGGCUCCCGGCAUCCCGACCCCUCCCCCGCCUCUCCUCCGACUUCCAGCCGGCCCGGCUGCCCGCGCUUCCUCAGAGGCCCCAGCCGGGCUCCGGCGGCCGACGACGAGGGAGGCGCCGCCCGGGCCAGACAAUCACAGAAGUUUCAUCCAGAAUUUGCCUAAAGUCUUCUCUCUCCUUUUUGAUAGAGUGUAUAUCAAGAAGAAAUAAUCCAGAAGGAACAACAAGCAGAUCAAGAUGUGUAGCUCUGUGGCUGCCAAGUUGUGGUUUUUGACAGAUCGUCGAAUCAGGGAAGACUAUCCCCAAAAAGAGAUAUUACGAGCAUUGAAGACCAAAUGUUGUGAGGAGGAACUGGACUUUAGGGCAGUGGUGAUGGAUGAAGUGGUGCUGACAGUCGAGCAAGGAAACCUGGGUCUACGGAUCAAUGGAGAACUAAUCACGGCCUACCCCCAGGUGGUGGUAGUGAGAGUACCAACCCCUUGGGUGCAAAGUGAUAGUGACAUCACCGUUUUGCGCCAUCUAGAGAAGAUGGGAUGCCGGUUGAUGAACCGAUCUCAAGCCAUCCUGAACUGUGUUAAUAAGUUCUGGACAUUUCAAGAGUUGGCUGGCCAUGGUGUUCCUCUACCAGAUACUUUCUCAUAUGGUGGCCAUGAAAAUUUUGCUAAAAUGAUUGAGGAAGCAGAAGUACUGGAGUUCCCAAUGGUAGUGAAGAACACACGGGGUCAUAGAGGCAAAGCUGUUUUCCUGGCUCGAGAUAAGCAUCAUUUGGCUGAUCUAAGCCAUCUUAUUCGCCAUGAAGCUCCCUACUUGUUUCAGAAGUAUGUUAAAGAGUCUCAUGGACGGGAUGUACGUGUCAUUGUCGUGGGAGGCCGUGUGGUUGGCACCAUGUUACGGUGUUCUACAGAUGGGAGGAUGCAAAGCAACUGCUCACUAGGUGGUGUGGGGAUGAUGUGCUCAUUGAGCGAACAAGGGAAGCAGCUAGCUAUCCAGGUGUCUAAUAUCCUUGGGAUGGAUGUGUGUGGUAUUGACCUGUUGAUGAAAGAUGACGGCUCCUUCUGUGUCUGCGAGGCCAAUGCAAAUGUAGGUUUCAUCGCCUUUGAUAAGGCUUGUAAUCUAGAUGUAGCUGGUAUCAUAGCGGACUAUGCCGCCUCCCUUCUGCCCUCUGGCCGGCUCACCAGGCGUAUGUCCCUGCUCUCCGUGGUGUCCACGGCCAGUGAGACUAGUGAGCCGGAGCUGGGUCCCGCAGCCAGCACUGCUGUCGACAACAUGAGCGCAAGUUCCAGCUCUGUUGACAGCGACCCCGAAAGCACGGAGCGAGAGCUGCUCACCAAGCUCCCAGGGGGCAUGUUCAACAUGAACCAGCUGCUAGCCAAUGAAAUCAAACUUCUGGUGGAGUGACUCCACCGGUAAAUAAUUAACCAACAAAGUCCUUGUAAAACUUACUUUCUUUUUCUUUCUUUCUUUUUUUUUUUCCUUUCCUUUUUUUAAACCAACUUGCAAUGCUGUUCAUGGAGGAUGCUCAGGAAGAUGAGAGAAAAUUAGUAGGAUUAGCUGGGGAGAGGAAGAGGGAGAUAGAUGAGACCUCUGCUAGAGAGAUGUUACUGGUUUUCAUUUACAAAUCCUUCCGAUAGAGGCAGAAGAGUUGGGAUAUAGAAAAAUGUCGAGUUCUCAUAGUGAUCUUUUUAAAGUACUAAAAAAUGUAUAUGUUCUCAGGCCAUGAGGAACAUAUAAAUUUUUUUCAUGGUCCCUUGCUUUUACUAUUGUACAAAAAAUUUGUUUUGGUACAUUUGUCCAGUAGCAUAACUUCACAUUGUGUUGCAAGAUUUGUUGUAAUGGGUGAGAAAAGGCUGCCUAAAUUACAAGAAUUUUUUUUUAUAUAUAAAAAUCUGAAAAUUCUGUCAUUUCCCUAUUAACUAGCAACUUUAGUUCAUAGUUGUUUAUGAAAUCUGAGGGGCUCUUUUAUUGGGAUUUCUUAUUUUGGUGUUUUGUCAGUUUUUUUUCCCUUAAUUUGGGUGGGGGAGAGCAAAGUGAAUAUAACCCAAUAAAGGCUUUUUAAUGACAAAAUUGGCAUGUUUGCAUGAUGAAAGGGAAAUGAACAGUAUUGCAAUGUCUGGUAUACAAAAUAACAUUUAUUCAAUGUAGAUAAAAAUACACUAGUUUAAAAUAUGUGCAUAGACUUGUAUUUGUUAGUGUUUUAGUCUCUUUUGAAAGAUAUAUGCUCUGUUAAUGUUGCAUUUUUUUUUUUUAAUACAUGCUAGUCUAACAUUCCCUGCUCUAUGCCUGCAUCUUUAACAAUGGCCAAAGUAAAGAAAAUGCUACCUUUUCUGUUAACAAGACACUGACUUGAAACAUGUACAUUUAAAGCCUUUUAUUUUUUCCUUUUUUCUUUUGGUGGUUGGGAAUUUAGAGAAUAGGACAAAGAAAAAUAUUUGUGGGAGAGGGGUGGCAAAUCAAGGGCCUAUAAGUUCUUAAGUAUAAAGCUGAAGUGAUUUCUAAUGCCAGCAUUAUAUAUUUGCAUUUUUCACAUUUUAUGAGGGAGCAUAUAUGUAUGUGUUUGCACGCAUGCAUGUGUAUGUUUUGCUUUUUGCUUACACCAACCAAUCAAAAAGGAUAGAUUCUAGAAAAUGGAGCAUGAUGGGAAACACAGUUUUUGACUUUAAAAAACAGAUGAGUUGUUUUCAUAAUGACUCCUCUGGGGUGGGGGUAUUCACCUAAAGACACAGGGAGAAUAGAUGCUUCUUAGACCUUUUUGUGUAUAUGUAUGUUGUUUGGUUUUUUGUUUUAGAUUGUUAAGUGUAUGGUUUAUUCAAGGCUACAUGCUUUUCUUCAAUGCUUCUGGCUAUGCUUUUUCUCUUUUUACACAUAGGAUUUGAGGUGGGCUGGAAGUUUUUGUUUGGGGACUUAUUUAGCAGUAUUGAGUCUCUUUAGCCCUACUCUUAAGCCUUCAAUACUGUCUACUCUUUAUGUUCUUUUACUUUCUGAGUUUAUAAGAGCCCCCAAACUGCAUAUAAUAUGAGCCUUUAAAACAUGGGUAAAACUAUUGCAAUGAUGGGUUUGGAAGGUAUGUUAAGAAAUGGAGAUGCUGCAAAGCUCAACGUAGUUUUUUAAACAGCAAGUUCCAUCUCCCUACAAAUCCCCUGAAGCUUUUACCCAAGCCCUUUCUUGCCUCUCCAGUGCUAUUUUUCUUCAGAUGGACCUUAAAUACAAUUUCUUGGACACUACUAGAGAAACUUCGAGGCAAUAAUAAAAGAUCAGUAUUAACCAGCUCUAACAGAGGUUUGAUUAUGCUUGUACAGUUUUUCCCCCGUUUUAAAAAGGAAUGUAAUAAAAUUUGUUUUUUCCAUAGAAUUAAAUAAUAUUAAAAUUGAGUGAAAGGUUGAUUGUUGACGAAUAGAAUAGUACCUCUAAUCUGUGCAGUGUCUCAUUUCACCUCAGAAGAAAGAUAUAUAAGAGGAGUUUCUAAUUUAUGUUAGGAUAAAUUGCUUCUAACAGAAUUUGGCUUGCACAGGGUUAUGGGGGAUUCAUAUACCACAUAUAAGUACCUCUGAUUCAUUAACAGAAAGAAAUACAUGGUACUUCUUUCACUGAAGACCAUACUUUGGAGGGUGCAUACUAUUUGGCAUAGAGAAAUAAAUGAGGAAGGAAGAACCACUUAAUCAAAUCACCAUUCAUAUAUUCAUGUAGAGACCAUGUGGUUGCCACAUAUAUUAUUAUACAUACACUUUGAAUAGUUAUAUAUCACAUGAAUGUGGAUUAAUGGAUUUAAAAACACAAAUUGAAUCACAUUUUCAUUUCAGGAAAACUUCAAAGUUUGUGUUGGUGGUGUAAGGGACCAGGGAAAAUAUAGUUAACCUUUCCUUAACUUUUGCCAAAUUAGCCAACUAUAUUAUAAGAAAGAUCUGAAAUUAUUUCACCAAAGUGUUACUCACUGUUUAUCCAUCUUUUGUGCAUUUACACUAUAUUAAAACAUAGCUUAACCAACCUAUUUCUGGAUUGUGCACUCACAUGUUAGAAUAAAAAGGGCAGGAAUGGUCAUCUUAGACUUUAAAAACAUGGAUAUCUUCUUGAAAUCCCUCAAAAAUUAAGGUAAAGAGUAAGAAUAAAUCAUUCUGGAAGAACCCAAAGGAAACAGCAGCAGAUAUUUAAGUGAAAGUUAAAUUUAUUUUAACAACUGUUUAAUAACUUUUGUGUAAUCUUCAUUGCUAUGAUUAAAGUUAAAAUGUACUUAUCAAAUAUAUGUAAUCAUUAUUAUGCCAAAAUAUGAAUUAUUGU